AUCACAUGAUAAAUACCGAGUUGUCACAAACGCACCGCUUGUUCUGAACCCGGAACAAAAACAACAGUCUUGGCUGGGUCGCCUCGCAUGAGCAUGAAACACAUCUGAAAACCACUGUAAUAUAAUUGCAGAUGCUGUGGGACCUGAAAUUCUUCAGAAUAUAUCUUAAGAUUUGAUUCAUCAAUGUGUUCAUCUGUUAGUUUGAGGGAUUUUAUUAACGAUAAUAAACCUUUAAUUUUAGAUGGUGGUCUUGCAACUCAGCUAGAGGCACAAGGAUUUGAUCUUGGGGGGGACCCAUUGUGGAGUGCCAGACUUUUGCACACAAACCCGGAAGCCAUACAAGAUGUCCAUUACAGAUAUCUUAUCAGUGGCAGCGAUGUCAUUACCACAGCUACUUACCAGGCCAGUGUUGAAGGAUUUGUCCAACAUUUAGGAGUGACAUGUGACCGUGCCAGAGAGCUGCUGAUGUCUGGAGUCCAUGUGGCCAAACACACAUUGCAGAAAUUUAUAUCUGAAAAUAAAACUGGUCGAAUACAUGGAUUAGUGGCUGGCUCAACUGGACCUUUUGGAGCAUUUCUUCAUGAUGGCUCUGAGUACACAGGGAACUAUGCUAAAGAAAUGAGUGUUGAGGAUCUGAAGUCAUGGCACCGUCCACAGGUGGAGUGUUUAACUGCAGCAGGGGCAGACAUUAUUGCAUUUGAGACGAUCCCCAGCAUUAAAGAAGCAGAGGCUCUGGUUCAGCUGCUCAGAGAGUUCCCCAACUCUAAAGCAUGGCUCUCUUUCUCCUGUAAGGAUGAGAAAUGUAUAUCAGACGGCAGCCUGUUUUCUGAUGCAGUGCAGGUGGCUCUUAAAUGCCCUCAGCUUGUGGCCAUUGGAGUUAACUGUUGUUCUCCAGAUCUGGUGGAGCCAGUCCUGGACUCCGCCAAAACCCUGCUGACCCCAGACCUGAGCUGGGUGGUCUAUCCCAACACUGGCGAGGAGUGGGACUCACAGAAGGGGUGGCUGGCUCAAGUAAAAAAAGCAGGAUCUCUUUCUCAAUUCUGUGAAAGCUGGAUGAGACAAGGAGCAGCCUUCAUAGGGGGCUGCUGCCGUAUUGGUCCCAUUCAAAUUACAGAGUUGCGCAAUGUAUUAAAAGGACCCACACAGUGAUCAAAAGCAAUUUAUAGAAAGCCUGUUUGGUAUUCAAUUAUGAAAAUCUUACUUUAUUGAAAAAUAAUAAACAAAUGCAAUACAGAUGUGGACAAAGGUUAAUAAAUAUUAACAACACAUGCAGUUUUAACCUGCAGUUUACAAUUU